GUUGCCUGAAGUUCCCCGGCGCGCGCCCGGCAGGACGGGGAGCGCCACGGCUGCGGCUGGCGGGGACCCUACAGUGGCUGCUGCAGCAUGGGCUGGCUCAGGGGGAUUGCCUUGCUUUCCUUGGGAGUAUUACUAGCGGGAAGAGUCAACUGCCAGCAUGUGAAGAAUAACGUGCCAAGGCUCAAAUUAUCCUAUAAAGAAAUGUUGGAAUCCAACAAUAUAAUCAAUUUCAAUGGACUAGCUAACAGCUCCAGUUACCACACUUUCCUCUUGGAUGAAGAACGGAGUCGGCUGUACGUUGGAGCAAAGGAUCACAUAUUUUCCUUCAACCUGGUUAACAUCAAGGAAUAUCAAAAGAUUGUUUGGCCUGUGUCUCAUUCCCGAAGGGAUGAGUGCAAGUGGGCUGGAAAAGAUAUUGUGAGAGAAUGUGCUAAUUUCAUCAAGGUGCUGAAGGCUUACAACCAAACCCACCUGUAUGCUUGUGGAACAGGGGCUUUUCAUCCAGUCUGCACCUAUAUUGAAGUUGGAAGCCAUCCUGAGGACAACAUCUUUAGAAUGGCAGAUUCACAUUUUGAAAAUGGGCGGGGGAAAAGCCCUUAUGAUCCCAAACUGCUGACAGCUUCGCUUUUAGUAGAUGGAGAACUGUACUCUGGCACAGCAGCAGACUUCAUGGGCAGGGACUUUGCCAUUUUCCGAACUCUGGGGCAUCACCAUCCCAUCAGAACAGAGCAGCAUGACUCCCGGUGGCUAAACGAUCCCAGAUUUAUCAGUGCUCACCUGAUACCAGAGAGCGACAAUCCAGAAGAUGACAAAAUCUAUUUCUUCUUCCGUGAAAAUGCAAUUGAUGGAGAGCACACUGGAAAAGCCACUCAUGCCAGAAUAGGGCAGAUCUGCAAGAAUGACUUUGGUGGACACAGGAGCCUUGUUAACAAAUGGACAACUUUCCUCAAAGCACGUCUGAUUUGUUCUGUGCCAGGACCCAAUGGCAUUGACACACACUUUGAUGAACUGCAGGAUGUGUUCCUAAUGAACUCAAAAGACCCUAAAAAUCCAAUAGUCUAUGGGGUGUUUACAACUUCCAGUAAUAUCUUCAAGGGAUCAGCAGUGUGUAUGUACAGCAUGACUGAUGUGAGGAGGGUAUUUCUUGGUCCCUAUGCCCACCGAGAUGGCCCAAACUACCAGUGGGUUCCCUACCAAGGGCGAGUGCCAUAUCCACGGCCAGGAACUUGUCCCAGUAAAACAUUCGGAGGUUUUGAUUCCACCAAGGACCUUCCUGAUGAAGUUAUAACAUUUGCCAGAAGUCAUCCAGCUAUGUACAACCCAGUAUUCUCCAUUAACAACCGUCCAAUCAUGAUUAAAACAGACGUGGAUUAUCAGUUCACACAAAUUGUGGUAGAUCGAGUAGAUGCAGAAGAUGGCCAAUAUGAUGUGAUGUUCAUUGGCACAGAUAUUGGAACAGUUCUUAAAGUGGUUUCAAUUCCUAAGGAGACUUGGCAUGAAUUAGAGGAAGUCUUGCUGGAAGAAAUGACAGUCUUUCGGGAACCCACUGUUAUUUCAGCAAUGAAGAUUUCCACAAAGCAGCAACAACUCUACAUUGGCUCAGCCACUGGAGUUUCACAGCUUCCUUUGCACCGCUGUGAUGUGUAUGGAAAAGCAUGUGCUGAGUGUUGCCUUGCAAGAGACCCUUACUGUGCCUGGGAUGGUUCAUCUUGUUCACGUUACUUCCCCACUGCUAAGAGGCGUACUAGACGACAAGACAUCCGAAAUGGAGACCCGCUUACCCACUGCUCAGACCUGCAGCAUCACGAUAACCCAAGUGGUCACACCCUGGAGGAAAAGAUUAUCUAUGGAGUAGAGAAUAGCAGCACUUUUCUUGAGUGCAGUCCAAAAUCUCAGCGUGCCGUAGUCUACUGGCAAUUCCAGAAGCAAAAUGACGAUCGCAAAGAAGAGAUAAAAGUGGGUGAUCACAUGAUCCGGACAGAACAGGGCCUAUUGCUACGAAGUCUCCACCGGAGAGACUCUGGUGUUUAUUUCUGCCAUGCUGUGGAGCAUGGCUUCAUGCAAACUCUACUCAAAGUGACCCUGGAAGUGAUUGAUACUGACCACCUGGAAGAGCUGCUCCACAAAGAAGAGGAUGGCGAUGCCUCCAAGAUCAAGGAUGCUACCAACAGCAUGACCCCCAGUCAAAAGAUCUGGUACAGAGACUUCAUGCAGUUAAUCAACCACCCCAAUCUCAACACAAUGGAUGAGUUCUGUGAGCAGGUUUGGAAAAGAGACCGCAAACAGCGCCGGCAAAGGCCUGCCAACGCGCAGGUGAACACAAAUAAGUGGAAGCACCUACAGGAGAAUAAAAAAGGUAGGAACAGGAGGACCCAUGAAUUUGAGAGGGCACCACGGAGUGUCUGAGCUUCAUUACCUCUAGGAACCUCAUCCAAGUAGAAACUUGUAUAGACAGAUAACUGGAAAAAAAUGCAAUAUUCAUGAACUUUUUCAUGGCAUUAUGUGGAUGUUUACAAGAGUGGAAAGUUCAAACAAUUUCCACUAGGUUUAAAUAAAAUCCAUUUCUAACUUUCCUAGCAAUUCCUUCCUCUCUGCUCUGAUUCUAAGAUCAGAAAGACCAGAGUUUCAAGGAUGAUAACUCACUCGGACCUAACUUACUGUUCAAAAAGUUCUACAAGUAUUCAACAGGCAAGUUUUGCUUUCUCUUUUGCCAGAGAUAUAAACAAAAUGCUGUAUUUCAUGCUGUCAUCUUACAGAAAAGAAAAACAACCCCCACCUUUCAUCAUCAGCACCACCAUUUCUAGACUUAUAUAUAAAACUGCAUGAACUCAUUAAGCUGAUGAACGUCUAAACACGUGAUCGGACACAAGGAUUUUGUUCGUUUUGUCUACCAGUUCUCCUGUUUAUAUGUGCUAGAAGAGGAAAAACAAUACUGAAUGAGAUUGAUUGUGGAAAUCUGAACAACAUAAGCCAUCCAUCAUCUGGAAGAAAAAAAAAUGUGGAGUACACUGGCCUACUACUGAUGACUUCUUUCCGCUUUGAUCUAAAGAUGUAUUUUAUUAAAACUAUAAUUUAAAUGUACCAUGAAAAAUAUGCAGCAAACAUUAGCUCCUUUCUAAAAUAGAUUAGGCUUUUUGUCUUAGAAAUAUUGGUUUAGAGGAAAAAAAGACAACUUCCAAUUAUGAGCUGCUUUACUCUUUUGUUUGGAAAAACUUCUAGGGGAGCUAGUCACACUGCAGUUAACCUCCUCCCCUCUCAGUAAUCUAUAUGACAUGUAACUUCAAAGCAAUUUUAAAACUAAGCUAUUUUAACAUGAAAGUCACUGUAUAGCAUGGAAGUAUUCUGCCUUCUGUUCUUCUAAGUAUGGUAUUUGAAAUUAUUCAACUUGUCUAAUACCUAAUAGAUUGAACCAAUGAAGAGGAGAGCAUUGAUUUUCAGUUGUAUAUUUUUUUUUAAUUAAAAAAAUACAAGUAGCAUUAAAAUAUCCUCUACUAAUUA